GGAAGUUUUGGUUUCCUCACCUGUCAGUUCUGACACGGUGCGAGAGUCCAGCUUCGUUUCUUUGUUUUCCCCCGGGAGAAAGGUCUUCUUCUUUCAAGAAUAAAUGAUAAUCUUGUGUGGCCAACUGACACACAAUUGAGGAGAGCAUCUAAAACGGUCUUUCCUCUGCUGGUGAGUAGGCCUGUGCAGGCAUGGAGCCCCUGGCAGUGGAUGAUGACAUUUGCAUCCUUAAACAUGAGACGGCCUACACCGCUGCUGGUGAGAGCCCUGUAUCGGUGUGUGCUGGAGAUGAAUCUGUUGCCUCCCACUUUGCCCUGGUCACGGCCUAUGAGGACAUCAAGAAGAGGCUGAGAGACACGGAGCGAGACAAUACCUUGCUGAGGAAGAGGGUUAAGCAGCUGGAGGACAAGCUCUUCAGGCCAGAGGCUCCUUCAUCAGAGGGCCCCCAGUACGUGAACAAGGCCUUCAGCGCUUACCGAGGUAUCUAUAUAGAGAAGGAGGACCUGCAGAUGGAGCUCAACAAACUGAAAAAGGAGAAGAGUGAGAGCGAGAGGUGUCUGACGGAGCAGCUGCAGGCCAAAGAGUUGGAGCUGCUUCAGCUGAGGACGGAGAUGGAGACCAGCCAAGGUACAGUGAUGAAGAGCCUGAACAGCCCUCAGGACUACUGGCAAGUGGACAGUAUCGGCACUGACCUAAAAAUCCACAAGCUGCAGGAGGACUUGGAGAGGGUGACGCUGGAAAACAGCAGACUGCUGGAGAGAAGUGGGGAGGAACCCUAUGGCCUUAACGGACCAGACUUGGACCAGACCGGUGACGCAAAGCAUGAAAACAGGGAGCGGAGCAUGCAGCACACGUACGAGGCCCUGUGUUGUGAGGUCACUCAUCUCCGCUCGCAGCUGAAGCACCAGACGGGCCUGAUUAGAAAACUCAAGCCACUCAUCGGCGAGGCAAGACAAGCUGCCUCGACAGUCCCCGUCCAGUGUCUCGACGACGUGGAAAAAAACAACAACAACCCCGCGGUUCCCCGGGCGUCCGUGCCUCGCCCCCCUAGCGCCCCCCCACUCCCCUCGUGCUCCGGCCGCCCCUGCCCCCCCGACAGUCUUCGGGAGGACUGCUGGUACAAUGGGCCCUGGCCCUCCCCGAGCUGCUCCGGAGAGGCUCUGGUUGGCAGCAACGCCGGCUCCGUCGUCCUGCCCCCGCCGCCCCUGAACCAAGCCUCCCUGGACGACAGCUCGCGAUCCUUCCCCAGCCCCCCCAAACCCAGCGACGCCAUGUUCUGGGAGGGAAGCGCCGCGGGGUCCAACUCCUCGUCCUCAAUUGGAACCUGCGGCCCCAGAAGCCCUCCCAACGCUGAGUGGGCCAAGCCCUACUGAGCAGAAGUGCGAUGGGCGAAUAGCUGAUGAGAUAACGUGUAAUUGGAUGGCAAGUAAACAAACGAAUGAAUGGACUCUCCGACCCUGCCGCAUAGCUACCACCUAACCUGCCUUAAGUUGAGAAGACCACCCCUCCUGGCUGGACUGCACUGGACCUGCUGGUUGUGGAGACUAAUGGGAGGCCAGAGGAGGCCUUUUCUGAGGUAAAGACUCUGCAAACUCAUCACUCUGUCCUCUCUGCACACGGCACCGGGGGGGACCCAUCGGACCUUGCAGAGGAACGUGCGAUGAGGGACCCUGACAAGAAUGGUUGUCGGUGCGUAUACACCCCCCCCCCUACACACACACACACACACACACAUAUAUCCACAUCAAGCAGAGUGUGCCUGUGUGUGCAGCUCAGUGCGCGGGCAUCUUUUCGCCUGCCUGCGUCUGUAUAUGGUCAUAAUAAACCUGAUAGGGCUCAGAGGGCCUCUUUCUCCCUUCACCGGGGCCACGGCUUCGUGUGGAACUACUCCCUCCAAUGCAAGUCUUUUUACAUUUAAUCGCUGUAAAGUAUACAAGGUAGGUAUUCCCAUGUGUGUCUCAUGGUGGCGUGAAGGAGAAUUAUUACUGUGAGGUCAUUUCUUUCGUGCUGUGAUGGCGACAUGGAGUAACUGGGAUAAUCAGAGUUUUGUUUUAAUGUUUUACCAAAUUAUAUCAUUUUUUCCUUCCUCAGUUGUUUGUUUUUGUUAAAGUGUUUGAGGAUCAACAUCAAAGUUGGCUUUGGCAAAUCAUUUCUGAGAAUGCACUUACGCUUUUUGGAUUUUGAGGAUGCAGCAUCAAGAGUAAAACAUAAUUUAAAUAGAAAAUAACACACUGCCCUCUAACUGGCACCAGAAAUGUUCAACCGAUUUUUCACAAGCACUCUUCCCCCAAAGGGACACGGAAGAGAAAUCCCACUGAAGUUUGACGCCCAAAUAGGUUCUUGAAGUUUUUGAAUUAUACCAAAUGUAUCUAACCUGUGUAAUGUGCUGAAGUUGACCCGGUACAUUUGUAUUUCAGUGAAAGCUCAAUCGGUGUGAGUCAGUUUUUCUUUGAUUUCUCUUUUUACGUCAGACGAGUAACAACUGAUGUACAAAAGAAAACACACGAGUAGAACAGAAAGACACAGGGGAAAGAAUGUGCAUAUCUGUAUAAAUGUACAUGACGGGCUUCAGUACUCUGCCAAAUGCAGUUUUGCACUCCAAAGCAUAGGUUUAGGUUGUUUUUUUCUACACGACCACGGGGCCUCUGACAUGUAUAAGAAGUGUCUGCGAUGGCGACUAGACAAGUCGAAAAACUUGAAUUGUGUCUUGAUCAAAGAACAAAGGGCACAAGGACCUCUGGUUGUUGAACUCUUGUUUCCAUUUUCUUCAUUAUGUGUCACGAUAUCUGUGGUGUUCUUGUUCAUUUUUAAGAAAUGUUAUUUUACAGCAGUAGUUUCAUACUUCUGUAAACAGUUUGCAAACCAAAAUGCAAUGUACAGUAGAUAUGGAUUAUAUUUUAGAUUUACUGCACUUCAGACCGUUUGUAAAUAUGAUCAAUUAAACAAAGGAAAAU